GACGGCGAGAAUUUGAAAUUCAAACGCUCAUUUUCUGCAAAUCUACUGACUUCUCCCUCUCUCUCUCUCCAGCAUAAACCCUAAAAUUCGAUUUGUGUUCUUCAGGAUGAGUUUGGUACCGACCGUUGGUCGUGAGCUCUCAAAUCCGCCGUCCGAUGGGAUUUCGAACCUCCGGUUUUCUAAUAGCAGCGAUCAUCUACUUGUGUCCUCAUGGGAUAAGAGUGUAAGAUUGUAUGAUGCGAACGCCGAUUCGAUGAGAGGGGAGUUCAAGCAUGGCGGGCCGGUUCUCGAUUGCUGCUUUCAUGACGAUUCUUCUGGAUUCAGUGUCUGUGGCGAUAAUAAAGUUAGACGAAUCGACUUCAAUGCUGGCAAAGAGGACAUUCUCGGAACGCAUGAUAAACCAGUUCGAUGUGUUGAGUAUUCUUAUGCUGCAGGGCAAGUGAUCACUGGAAGUUGGGAUAAAACAAUUAAAUGCUGGGACCCAAGAGCUGCAAGUGGGCCUGAGCGCACACAGAUUGGAACAUAUCAGCAACCUGAGCGUGUGAACUCUAUUUCUCUUGUUGGGAAUCGUUUGGUAGUGGCAACAGCAGGAAGGCAUGUCAACAUUUAUGAUCUCAGGAAUAUGUCCCAGCCUGAGCAAAGAAGGGAGUCCUCACUUAAGUACCAGACCAGAUGUGUGCGUUGUUAUCCCAAUGGAACAGGAUACGCACUUAGCUCUGUGGAAGGGAGGGUGUCAAUGGAGUUUUUUGAUCUAUCAGAGGCUGCUCAAGCUAAAAAAUAUGCUUUCAAAUGUCACCGGAAAUCCGAGGAUGGAAGGGACAUCGUCUACCCUGUGAAUGCGAUUGCCUUCCAUCCGAUUUAUGGCACUUUUGCUACCGGAGGUUGUGAUGGUUUUGUCAACAUAUGGGAUGGUAACAACAAGAAGAGGCUAUAUCAGUACUCUAAGUAUCCAACGAGUAUUGCGGCGCUGUCAUUCAGCCGAGAUGGUGGACUACUGGCUGUUGCUUCUAGUUACACAUUUGAAGAGGGAGACAAACCGCAUGAACCAGACGCCAUCUUUGUCCGAAAUGUUAAUGAAAUCGAAGUGAAACCGAAACCUAAAGCAUACCCAAAUCCUCCUGUAUAGUCAGGUCAGGAACUAUAGAAUCAGCAGAGUUAACUCGACUUGGUGUUGUAUUGGUUGCUACGUUUGUUGCGCAAAGAAGAUUAUUGUAGCAUUCUAUGUUUUGAGUUUUAAAAACUUAUUUUGGCUGUAAAGUGAAGUGUGAAGAAGAAUACAAUGGCUUUAGAAGAUUAUGUUCCUUUGGUUUUGAGUAAAGUCCAUUUACUCGCUGAUAGUAGAAAAGCUGUUCUAUUUCGUUUGUUA